UCAGUGGAAUAGGGAAAAGCAUUGCUAUGGAGUGCUACAGACAAGGAGCAUUCAUCACACGAGUGGCAAGAGAUGAGAGUAAAUUGGUACAAGCGAAAAAAGAAGUAGAGAAAUGUGCGAUUAAUGAUAAGCAGUUGUUCUCAGGAGCGCAGCUCUCCCGGGACUGCUUCGCAGCAGAGGAAAUAUCAGCCCCCACAGAGGAAAUAUCAGCCCCUGCAGAGAGUGUCAAGAGAAGCUUGGUCCGGUGGACAUGCUGGUGAACUGUGCUGGGACGUCCUUCUCUGGGAAGUUUGAGGAGGUGGAGGUGGAGCGCUUCAGAAGUCCGAUGGAGGUGAACUACCUGGGCAGUGUGUAUCCCACACGGGCCGUAAUCGCCACUAUGAAGGAGCGGAGGAUGGGACGCAUCAUGUUUGUCUCCUCCCAGGCUGACCAGAUCGGCAUGUUUGGCUACACUGCCUACUCCCCGUCAAAGUUUUCCCUUCGUGGUCUGGCUGAGUCCCUGCAGAUGGAAAUGAAGCCAUAUAACAUUUAUGUAACGGUGGCCUACCCCCCCCCCCCCCCUGACACAGACACAUCAGGACUAGCAGAGGAGAAUAGGACGAAGCCUUUAGAGACCAGACUGAUCUCCGAGACGUCUGGAGUGACUCAGCCGGAGCAGGUUGCUAAAAUCGUGGUCAAGGAUGCUGUGGACUAUACACUGACUCAGCCUACUCCAGGGAGAGAGAAAAUCCAUUGGACACUGGUGUUGGCUGGGAAAAAAAGAGAAACCUCCUCUGUAAUGUAUUCCUCUUAUUUGCCUGUCACUUUCACGCCAUCUUAUUUGUGUUUUUUACCUGAGGUAGAAGCGGCAGGUUAAAGGUCAGCAUUGGACAGUCAUACGAUGUAGUAGAAGAACAAAUCCACUAACAGCUGAUGACCGCUCUUUCCUGUUUUCCUGAGGGGGUUGAGGGUCUUUGUAUGUGUGAUCUGUGUACAUAUUUUGCCUCCUUAAUAAGAUUGAUGGGGUGGUGUCAGCACAAGGCAUGGGGUGUGACUCGCAGGUUCGAGGAAAGUCCCCUUGGGCCUAGAGAGGGCGCCAGAGCUGUAUUUUAUAUAGAGGCCAAGAGACGAAGAGGGACUGGCAAGCUCAUUGAGGAGCUCUGUGUGCUAUUGUAUUAUCUGAUUUGACAUUUCAUGCACAGUCACUGUGGACGUCAUCCAAUGCGUUCCUAUCUGAUUGUUAUUUGUCUCGGUAAGUAUUCACAGAUCCCUCCUGAAGUCCUCUAAAGAGGAAAAUGCGAGCUCAUGCAAGUCUUCCUUCCAUCGAUCAACUAUGUGGAGAAUGUACUUCACUUUAACACAAACAAUACGCUACAAAUCAGAAAAUAUACAUCAUCUUUUGAAAAGCCACCAAUAUUUGAAUGCCAAGAUGUAUUAAGAGACCAUUUCUGUAAGUACGAUGCAACUAUUUGAGAUUUAUUUUGUCUGAUGUUGCUUCUCUGUUCUAUCCUAGAAAUAGUUUGUAAUGCAGUCAAGCACGACAAUUGUGGGGACCCAUUCCAAGCCUUAAGAGAGAACUACAGAUGUUAAUGCUAAAAUAAUCCAAUUUCAUCCACAGAAAAAAAACUUGACUUGAGCUUCUUGUGGUUUACCAGUUAAUUUGAUAUGAUUUUUCAAUGAAAAUGCCAACUGUUUUACCGUGUUUUUUGUUGUUGUCGUCAAUUCCAGUUUAGUUUUUGUACAAAAAGGGCUUACUCAAAACCAAAAUGUCGGAAGUGAGAAUGCAUGAUUCAACUCUGAGGUUCUCAUUUGACAUUGGUUCAAGGCAUACUGUCACUGUCCAGCAAAGUGUCAUGUUAUCAUCUGUGUGAGUUGUUUUGCUUUUAGCAACACAUUAAUGUUGUAGUUGAUAGACAUUUGGUAUAAUAUGUAGUUCAUGGACAAAGCUAUUUUGUUUUAACACUUAAGCUAUGCAAAUUAAACCUAUGCUCACAAUAUGUUAAAACACUACCACCAAGUUUUCAAAUGCUCUAGUUUUCCCAUUCGUUGGUGUCGUCCAGAGAUAUUUAAAAGAUUAUAUAGAGUUUAUAAGUACAGUACUACUGAAUAUUGUCAUUGUCAUGAUGCAUUCUGCUUCUGUUCCCAUUAUAUUGGUUGUGUUUUGUUCUGUUUUGUUUUUGCCAAACGGGUAAGAAUUUCACCUUGUGUGCCAUUGAAAAUAAAAAUGUAAGGAGUAGAAC